AGAGACAAUUCUUUGCCGAUACCUCGAUAUACCAUCCAUCACCUCGCGAUGUCUCUCGCUCCUCAGUUCGUCGCCCGGCGAUGCGUUCAGUGCCUACGAUCAUCUACACCAACUACGCUCCGAUUCGCCGCCUCCACAGCACCACGCAGACGCCAACAGCAAGAAGCACGAAGAUGGCAGUCCACGGAUGCUGCUGCCGCGAGUAAUCCCAAGAUCGCUACGAUCGUCGACCAGAUCAGUCAGUUGACAUUGCUGGAGACUGCGGACUUGGUUUCAACACUGAAGACCCGCCUCAACAUUCCCGACAUGCCCAUGGGAGGCUUCGCCGCUGCCGGACCUGCAGCAGCUGCCGCGCCAGCCGCCGUCGAAGAGGAGGAGGCUGCACCCGCAAAGGAGGAGAAGACGCUCUUCAACCUGAAGCUGGAGUCUUUCGACGCAGGAGCCAAGCCAAAGAUCAUCAAGGAGAUCAAGGCGAUGUUAGGACUCUCACUGGUGGACAGUAAGAAGUUUGUGGAGAGCGCGCCAAAGAUGAUGAAGGAGGGUGUGCCGAAGGAGGAGGCAGAGAAGAUUAUUGAGACAUUGAAGGGCUUGGGUGGUGUAGUUAAGAUGGAGUAAAGGGAGGGAACAUCGGAGGCGUUCAUUGGGAAAUGUGUGCAUACUGGAGUGGGCUAUUGCAUGUGGCGGAGCAACAAUGGCAGUGUCACGCGCCAACGGCACAAGAGAUGGGGUGAAGAAAUGUACACUAGAGAGACCAUGUGCCUCAUGCGCUCGUACUUCAGUAACGCCGGAGCAGUACGGUCACUUCAGCUCCUAUUCUCGAUAA